AUGGAUAUAGACCAACCUGAAAGUCAUCCGAUAAAUGAAGCAAACUGUCCCCUCGGCACAAACACCGGGGACAGUCUCCUCAUCACCUUGGAAAAGGGUUCUCAAGAAAAAAGGGGCUGCAGAAAUCACCACGGUGGAUUAGCAUUUGGCGACAGAGAAGAAGGGAAACGCAGGCCAGAAGAAAUCAAGAAGGACAAAAAAGGGAACAAAAGAGUCAUUAGAGAGCAGAAGGAGAAGGUCGUGGAAGUACUGAAAGAGCUGAAUGAGUUUCAUGCGGAGACACUGACGGGUCGGAGGGAGGUCACUGACGAAUGCGUCUGCAUACUCAAAAAGUUUCCACCAGGGGUCGAUGAAGAUCAUGAUGCCUCUACAAAAGAUGUUUCAGAGUAUAAAACUAGAUCCUGUUCAGUAUCUGAUGGCAUUUUCUUGAGUGUUGGGAAAGACAUGGAGGAGCUCAUGGAUGGAGGUACCAAAAUCAAUCCAAAGCCGGAUGCCGCAGUGCUCCGGUUAUCCACGCAUGAGGAGUCAGCUGCCGUCUUUCAGGAACCCAGAGACGAGGAUGACGCAGAUCAAACGGAAGACAUCAGGAAUCAGCAAUCUGAAUAUAAUCUGGAGUUUAGAGAAGAAGUUCGAGACGCUCAAGAUCAGAAGUACAUCCUGGACUCUGGAUGCAACAGUUCGAACUGCAGCAUGGAGAAAGAGACUGAGGAGAAAACCAACAUCGCAGGUCAAGAGAAGGAUUUUUACAAUCAGGUUUCUUCACUGGAGGCAGAGGAGAAAUACAGAGAGAAUAAAACUAAGUGGAGAACAGAAGAGAAAUGGGUAACAACAUGGUGUGACUGCAUAUUUAAGGUUGUUGUCUUUUUGGAAGCUUUUAAGUGCUCUAUCUCUGCGGUGUGUUGCAAAUCUUGUUUUUGUGUGUGCUCUAAAACAACGCUCAGGCUCAGAGGUGGGACGGACGGCUCCGACAAAGCAACAAAUGCUGAUAAAGCGCCCGCCCCCGGCGGGCGCUUUAUCAGAGCGCCCGCCGGGGCCCUGACGUGUGAGGCGGCCGACGCCCUGAGCUGCCUGGUGGCGAGCGGCUCGGAGGAGCUCAUCAGCAGAGUGAUUCGCGUCAAAGUUCAGGACCGAGGCGCCCUCCGCUACCCCGUAACCGUGGCCGUGCCCUUCUGUGUGCGCCAUCGCGGCGGCCACAGAGAGGUUGCAGUAAAGGUCGUUGAAGAGGAGAAGAGAGUGAGCUACAUCACCCCGGUGACGACGGAGGAAGUGCACGGAGGCCAAAAGGGUCGUUUUGCUGAGGUGAAAGUGUUCUCCUUGGGUAUAUUUGCUGUAGUUUCACGUCCAAAAAGAGAAAUGUACAACAUUCCCAGGAAAGGGUUGUCACUAAAAAUCCCCAUGGACCCUCGGAUCUGUCUGAACUACCUCCCAGGAUCCUUCACUGCUCCAGUAAUGGCUCAAACAAUGGUCCAGCCGGUGGACACCGUCCUUCUGGCUGCCGUCAAGUCUGGGAAUGACGCCUAUGAGUCGGUGGUGUCAGCCAGCCCACUGCUCCACCUCACCCACCCUAACUCUCAGCCGCUUAGGAGACCCCUCACAAUUACGCUUCCGUGUCCACCAAACUCUGAGAAAAAGGAGGAAGAAAGGAGGAAGGAAAGCAAAGCACACCAGGUUGGGGCUCCUAGUGAUCCCUUGAUUCCCUCAGGCAAAGCAAGAAUCCUUGGUGCUUAUGUGAGAUCUAACGAGACGUCCAAUGAGUUGCUGAUUGUUCUUGGUUCAAGAGACAAACAGUGGAUUGUUCUUGAUAAAAUAAUCAUCAGGAACCAGAAGAACGGACUGGUGACCUUUGACCUGAUAGAAAACUCUGACAGACUCCUCGUAGUUCGUCUCCUGUCGCCACUGCAGCCUUGUCACCUUAUCGCGCUGGCCGAGGAGCUGGAGGCCUCGGCCUGCCGCCACUCGGUGACCGUCGUCCUCCAGCAUGGACGGGAUGACCCUCACAGCGUCCUCCUGGCUGCGUUGCCGAGCAGAGACCUCAGCUGGGAGCUGAACAGACUGCGGGCUGGUGGGGCUGUGGAGACCUCCGCUGAGAUCUCCCUGUGUGAAGGAGAUCAGCUUCUCCUGCGCUUCAGUGGGAACAUCACAUCCACAGCCUUCACACAGAGCAACACGAGUGAGGAGUCACACGAGCGGCUGACCUUUCACUGUCAGCGGAGGAGUGAGCUGUUAGUGCGUCUAACUGAAGUGGACCCGUUUGGGAAUUACAGCUCGCCUUGCUACAAGGGCACAGCCCUGUUUUAUAGAGUCACCAGAGCUGAGCUGGAGUGGAGAGGGGACAAAGCUGUUCUGAGGGAUGCAAAGCUCCUGGCAAACCCAGUUUGUAAACUGCCUCUGAGUUUACCCAAGAAAGUGAGAGUCAUUCAUCGGCCGAUUGCCACCAGAGUGAAGAUAUCUGAGGAUGCAGAGCCUCUUUCUGACGCCCUUCUCGUCUGGCUGUCUGGGGAGCUGUCUCCGGAGGAGACGUCUCUGCUGGCGUCCUCCCUGCGUCUCAGUCGCAGCGCAGCCCAGCUGGUGAAGCUCCGCUCCAGGGACAAUCCGUCAGAUCAGGCCUUUCACGUCCUGGCCAUGUGGAGGCGAGCGCUUCCUGCCGUCACACGCCACCCGAAGGCCUCGCAACUCGCUCAGAGCCUGGGCAGGAUAGGCAGACCGGAGCUGGCCCGAGAGGUGCUGCUGCGAGAGGCAGAACUUUCUGCAGCAAGGAGUUUUAGAAAGUGA